AGCUGUCAACACGCAUGCGCGUUAAAUUGUAUCACAAAACGUUAUACAAAUUAAAACCCAAAUAAAAACAGGUGAUAACUUUUAGAAAUUAAAAACUUAAUAUUUAACAAUAAUAAAACGUAGCUAAUUGUUUCUAAAAACUUUAAAUAAACUAAAAUAAAAUGUGAGUAUGGGCGUCUCUUUCUAAUACGGUUGUGAGGUUAAGAGUGAAUUUUAUUUCUCUUUUCAUUGAAUAAUUCACACUAAAAACAAUUCUAACCACCAAUAACUGUUUCAACUCAUUCUCCGCCUAUGGGAUUUUUACGGCUGAUGUCCAUAGCUGUUAUCUCAGUAAUUCGGUGUACAAUCGAAGGGCAUGCAACAGCGGCAUGCCAAGCGGACCUAAGAAAAUCUAGUCCAUAGAGUAGAUAAAUACAUGGAUAUAGGUGAACUAUGAACCAUCAUGGAUUCCACAACGAAAAACUCACGCAAAGUGAGAAAGGUUAGAGAAGGAACAAGCCGAAUUGAAGCAGUGAGCACGUUGCCUGAUAACAGUAUCAGUACAGUACCGAGACCAGCGCCGAACCACUACGACUUGCGAAAUGGCAAAACGUUCAUCAUUAGGCCAUCCUCAAAAUCAGCUGAAGAACAAAAUCACCCUAUAAAAUGUCCACCCUUAUCACAUAAGAUACAAAGAAAUUUGUGUCUAAACAACAACCAUUUGAGAAGUUAUGGAGCCAGGGCAUUAGGAAAAAAAGGACAACUAAGCUUAAAUUAUGAUAAAAGCUUAAAAACAAAGUACAUCAACCAACUCUUCAGUGAGCAGAAGAAGAUUGGUGAAGGAUCAUUUGGUGCAGUCUAUUCCUAUUAUUCCCUAGAAGACCAACAAACAUAUGCAAUUAAAAUCAUUCCAAAGAGAUAUAAACAGAAUGAUAUCCACAAUUUGGAUGCAGUUGAUGGUUUACCCUAUUGUAUUCAGUACUACAAUGCUUGGGAGGAAGACAACCUGGUUUACAUUCAACUGGAGCUAGGAGUGAUGAGCUUGGCUGAUUAUGCUCAGAAGAAUCAUAGUAUCUGUGAAGAGGAGUGCUGGUAUAUUCUGCAUGACAUCACCAAUGCCAUGAUGUGCUUGCAUGGUAACCAAUAUGUGCAUAUGGACAUAAAGCCUGAGAAUAUUGUGAUUACACCUGAAGGCAAAUAUAAAUUAUGUGAUUUUGGAUUGUUGUAUAAAUUGAAUCAGAAGAAAAGUUCAGUACCUUCAUGUGAAGGUGACGCUAAAUACAUAGCAAGUGAAAUACUUCAGGUAGUGACACCUGCUGGGGACAUUUUCUCCUUGGGAAUUUCUAUAUUGGAAAUUGCAAUGGAUCUACUACUUCCUAUACAUGGCGAAUUAUGGCACGAGAUACGAAAUUGUGAUUGGCGGACUUUGCCCAAAGGUGAAAAAAGACGUAUAUCAAUAGAAAUGGAACAACUAUUAAAUUGGAUGAUGAGUUCCCAAGCUGACCAACGACCAUCAGCACUUCAACUAUUGGGAUCACCCGCGAUAAAAAUGCGUUCACGAUUGAAGAAGACUCGGUUCAAUUACUUUGACGAUUGGUAUCAAAAGUAUCUUGCGCAGAAGGACGUCGAGUUAGUGCCGACUAUUGUCGUUAAUCACGAUAAUACCUUCGACUGCUCAACCGAUUUCGACCUGGACAUCGAAAAUGACAACAUCAAAACGCCGCCGCGCCGAAUCUCAUCGAUUCUCAUCUGCCAGCGUACGAAGUAGUUUAAUUUCCAGGUUGUAGGUAGUAUUCGUACUCACCAGACAGGGUUCAGAAUUUUAUUUCGGUUUUUAAACGAAUUUAUUUUAGUUAUGCACAAGUAAGCAUUCUCAGUCAGCAGUUCAAAACCGCGGAGCAAAUCCGCCCUAAAUUCAGUCGCACGGUGUGAUAAUUUUGUAAUGUUUAGUCAUGUGAAUAUUUCUAAGUUAACAGUCGCACAUUCCAUCAACAGUAUUACGCCAUUCAUUUCGAAUUAGGUAAAGAAAAAACAUUGGUUGGUGACUGCUGCACCAAUCUGCAAAUUUUAGUGAAAGAAAAAUGGCAUCUUCAAUUUGUUGUUUGUAUUGUUUGUAAUGGAAUGUGAACUGAUGGGGGUGUUGCAAAGGUUUAGUUUAGCUAUUUUAUAUUGCUGCCUUUUUUGAAAUUUUAGGUAUUCGUUGUUGUGUGUGUUGUUCCUUUUUAGAUGCAUUUAUCAAAUGAACCAUUUCAUUCGGGUAUAUUUUGUUACUUGAUAAGUCCUAAUUCAGUUUGUAUUAUUGUGUCUAAUGACGAGAGGCGUGGCUGAUGAUAAUAAUGAAGACAAUCGAGAUGUGAUUUUCCGGUGGCCUUAUGGAUGCUCUUAACUGUUAUGAAAAGUCAUUCUCGCAUUUGCGGAACACUUGCGAAUCAUUUACAUUUGUGAGAUAACGUACACGUAUAUAUGAGGCAUUUGUCAAUAUAUUUAUAACUAUCUCA